CGCCAUUGGUUUCUCAUUCUUCUCAAGAAACAAAUUCUCUCAGUCUCAUUAGUCAUUCCCUCUCUCUCUCUCUCUCUCUCUCUGAAUCACCUCCUCCAAAUGCAUGGCCGAUUUCCAAGCUCCUUCCUUCUCUCUAGGGCUUGAUUUCGACUUGGAUUCCGAGCCCCAAACCGCUCCCGCGAAAAACCCUUCAUCGCCCCAGCAACCUCCCCCGUCUUCCAUCGGCCGGAGCUUUUUGCCGGUCGAAGACGACGACGUUGUUCUGUACACACCGACGAGGGGCCAAGAUGAACCGGAUCCGGACCCUCCUCGGACCCUCAAGCGAAUUCGCCGGGGUCUCGCGUCCGACCCCGCUUCGGCGGCUCGGAGCCGCGAGCCGGCGGAGCCCUGGCGGGAUGUUGGCGAUGAGAUUGAGGAGUUCUCUUCACAGGAGGAUCGGCGUCGAGUGAAUGAACAUUCAUCGAAGUAUUGCCACACAGGGUGUAGUAGUUCAAAGAUUCCAUUGCAUGCACAUGGGGUUUUGACCAUGCAAUCAGUAAGCCAGGAUAAAUUGACAAAAAGGAAAAAGGCUUCAAAUACCCCAGCCUCUGCAAGUUUGGAGAGUUGGGAGACAAGUGGCAACAAAGUGAUGUUUCCAAAGCUGACUCUCAGUCCCCUUAGGAGAUUCCAGUUGCUUUCUGAUUCUGAUUCUGAUUCUGAUGAUCCUUCUGUUAGUGAAGAUACAAGCAGAGAGGCUAAUGUAGAAUAUUCAUCAUUGAAGGAGAAAGAAUAUACUACCAAUCAACAUCCAGCUACAAGAGGACAGGAGAGAGCAAAAGCAUCCGUAAGUGUUUCUCGAACAGAGGAUUUAUGGAAAGAUUUCCAUACAGAGAAGGAUUUCCGCAUUCCAACUCCUGCUCUGGACGAGGUCUGUGAAGAAUAUUUCAGAUUUGUCAAUGACAAGGAAGUAACUCCUAGCCUAGGUUAUGUUAAGCGUACAAAUGAACAAAAAGAUUCUUUUCAAAAUGGGGUUGUCCUCAACAAUGAUGAGAACCUGUGCAAGUUGGGUGACUCUAUUCCUCCUGUCCAUCGUUAUUUUUUCCACGACGAUCCAAGAAUCCAGAAUUUAGUUCGCAGUCGCUUACCCUACUUUUUCCCACUGGGUGCUACAUACAACAGAGGGAACGAACGUCCCAUUUCAUCAGCAAUUGAUUAUAUGAGUCAAUUUAGCAAUGGAGAAGGUUCUAAACCGCGAGCAACUGCAAAAAUAAAUGCUGAGAUUAACUCAACAAGUGGAAGAAAGAAUUCCAGAAAGGUAAAUGCUGAGGAGGUAUCAAAAGGCUCUGGAAGUUGGGUGAAUCCUAAAAGCAGUGUGGGCAUCCCAAAAGAUGCUGCAAAAAGACGGGUUCAGGCAGUUGGUCGAUCUGCUGGUCAUUGGUUCACAACGCCUGAUGGAAAGAGAGUUUAUGUCAAUAAAAAUGGGCAGGAGUUGGGAGGUCAAAUUGCAUACAGACAUUAUAGGAAGGAGACUGGAGCUGGGUUUGAGAAGUCCAGGAAGAGAUCCGCCGGAAAGAAGAAAACAAAGCCGAAGUCGAAGUCGAAGCCGGCUGCCGGAAAGAAGAGAAAGAGCUGAGUCUGCGUCUGCUGGGCAAGUGUUGAAACUUUAGCUGCCUGCCGAUUCGUUUUGUGGUUGCAUUAUUGUUACCUGUAGUCCGUUUAUGGUUGAUAAUGUGAUUGAUAUGAUAUCCAUUCUUCUUUUGUUCUUUCUUGCUCAUUCCUCUGAGUUUGAUAUAAUAUAUAAGCGGCAGGUUUACAAUU